GCUGGGCAUUUUGCUUUUGUCUGCUGACUCUCCUCAAUUGUAGCUUUGCUUUGUCCGCGUGGCUCUCCAUUUUGAUAGUCAGCAAUUACUAUUAGUUAGUGGGCGGUUGGUUUGGUCUUUUGCUGAUGGGUGGCAGUGCAUUUUGCUUUUGUCUGUUGGCUCUCUUGCAUUGUAGCUUUGCUGGGCAUUUUGCUUUUGUCUGCUGACUCUCCUCAAUUGUAGCUUUGCUUUGUCCAUGUGGCUCUCCAUUUUGAUAGUCAGCAAUUACUAUUAGUUAGUGGGCGGUUGGUCGGUCAGCUAUAUCCUUUCUUUUCUCCUAGCUUUUUUUCUUCUUCUUAGGUUCUGUUCUUCUUCUUAGUUUUGUUUAGCAGCUUAAGAAAUGCCGUGGAAAGUUUUCUAAAGUUUCCUAUUGACGCUUUAUAUAUGUAAGAUUUCAUCUCACGUGUAUGUUUGGUUUCCCAAUCUCUUGUGUAAUUACAGUUGCUUUGGCUCCCCAGUGAUCUGUGGUUUUGCAAGGUGAAAUUGGUUUCCCAAUCUCUUGUGUAAUUGCGAUUGCUUUGCCUCCACUGAUUAAUGUUUGGACAAUGGGUCGGAAUAGAAUAUAUAAAAGUUUAGAAGAGGCUAAUGCUGAGAAAAAUCGAAAGAGACGCGACCAACGUGCUGCUGCUCGCCAAAGGAGAAAAAAUGAUGUGCCAUCAGGAGUGUGUACGCUGGCUGUCACAGCUUUUAAUAUACGUGAACCAAAUACUAUUAAUCAGCCAAAUAUGAGUGCUGCAGAAUCUUCAUUAGGCUCAGACCCAGUGCUGCCAUCUACACAGAAUAAUGCAGAGCAAUUUCCAAUGGAAAAUGAACAAAAUGUAUCUAGCUCUAUUGUUGAUAGUGCUAACGAGGUUUCAUCAACUAAUAUAGGUAUUGGUCAAUCACCAUUACGUAGAAAACGUCGAUCUGUAAGACGCUCUGUUACUGAUCCGUUAGCCACGAUAGCUAUUGAGCCCACAGUAUUGCCUGAUGUUCCAAAUUGUCCGUACUGUCAUGCAAAACGAUUUCAUCACGAACCGCCUGGUUUUUGCUGUUCCUCUGGUGAGAUACAGCUAUUAUCUACUGAGAUGCCGCGAGAGCUUAUGUUAUUAUAUAUUGAAGAUUCUGAUCAUGCUGUCGAGUUUCGCAGAUGCGUUAGAAGCUAUAAUAAUAUGUUUGCAUUUACCUCGAUUGGUAUUCAUUCUGACAAAUCUUUGGCUGCAAAUUAUAAUGGAAUUUAUACAUUUCGAAUCCAAGGACAAAUGUAUCAUUAUAUUAAUGCGCUUAUUCCAGAGGAUGGUGAGAAGCCACGAAACUUGCAGCUUUAUUUUUUUGACACUGAGCAUGAAACAACGCAGCGGCUUUCAAUUUCAGCUAGAUUUCAAGAAACACUGGUGACAAAGCUUGAGGAAAUUUUAAAGAUCAAUCCUUACUCUGCAUUCUUUCGAGGAUUACAAGAUUUGCCAGACAUGGAUGAUUAUAAGAUUGUGCUUGAAACUACGCCUGCUAUAGAUCAACGAGUUUUCAAUAAACCUACUGUGUCACAAGUAGGAGCUGUUUGGACUGAUAGUUCAGAUUUUGAACAUCUUAACUCUAAACAUAUACAAAUUUAUGGAAAGAAUGGUCAAACGCAAAUUGUUAAGCAUUACUUUGCUUGUCAUGAUUCAUUGCAAUAUCCUCUUAUCUUUGCAAAUGGAGAACCAGGUUGGCAUCCAGGGAUUGAGAGAAUGCGCCGUCCGGAUAGAGGCAAUAUUAGACCAGUUACUUGUGAGGGACAAACUGUUAUAGCUACAGCUACAGCAACAACGGCAAAUGAUAUCAUUGAUGCGGAAAAUAGAGGCAGAUUACUGCAACAAUACGUGGUCGAUAUGUAUGUUAAGAUUGAGUCAAUUAGAUUAGAUUUCCAUAGAGGGAGGAACAAACAGGCUCAACUUCGAACUGAGAUUUAUCAAGGCAUAGUCGAUAGCAUUUCCAAUGGUGAAUCAUCAUCAUCAGGUAUUGGUAAACGUAUUUUCCUUCCAGCUUCAUUCAUUGGUGGGCCUCGAGAUAUGCGACGCCGAUAUAUGGAUGCUAUGUCUUUGGUUCAAAGAUAUGGGAAACCAGACAUCUUUCUGACAAUGACUUGUAACAAGAAUUGGCCUGAGAUUAAAAAAUUGCUUCUGCCAACUGAUAAAGUUGAGAACAGGCCAGAUCUAAUUUCUCGAGUCUUCCGUGCAAAACUUGAAGUCUUGAAAGAUGAACUUCUGAAGAAGAAUAUAUUUGGAAAAAUAGCAGCUUACACAUAUGUAAUCGAAUUCCAGAAAAGAGGUUUGCCCCACGCUCAUUUCUUAAUAAUUCUGAAACAAGGAUGGAAGAUGUACUCUCCUGAAUCAUAUGAUCGUGUAGUAUGUGCUGAGCUGCCAGAUGCUAGCCGCCAUCCUUAUCUUCAUGAACUCGUUGUUAAGCACAUGAUGCACGGUCCUUGUGGUGCUAUGAAUCCAAAAUGCCCAUGCAUGAAACAACAUCUUGGAUGCAAGGAUAACUAUCCUAAGGAGUUUACAGAAAUCACACGGCACAGCCACAACUCCUACCCUCUCUAUCGACGACGAGAUUUUCAGCAAUCAAUAAUUGUUCGUGGCCAUCCUCUUGAUAAUCGAUGGGUGAGUAAUACUGGGCCUAUUGAAAUUGUUGACGAAAUAAAAAAUUUUGUUUGUGCAAGAUGGGUCUCUCCUCCUGAAGCAAUGUGGAGAAUCCAUAGUUAUUAA